AGUAAUAAACCUGAGUAGCAAGUGCAAACACAGUAAAAAUGUAUCGCACAUGCUUAAGCAGUAUAACAAAAGUCACCAACAGAUUGACAUCGAUUUCGAUCAAUACAGAACCAUCGCUUCGCAAAAUGUCUAACCAAUCAAUUGCAGAUAAGUUUCAAUUACCAAAACGUUGGCAAGGUAGCACGCAAAGUGUAUGGAAUGAAUACACUCAGCUGUUUCUGAAAUAUCAGCCGUUAAGUUUAGCUCACGGUUUUACGGAUUCACCAGUGCCAAAGUAUAUUACCCAGCAAUUGGCUAUCGCGACACAAAAUGCCGACCAUAUGUUAAAUCAAUAUGCUCGAGACUUUGGUCAUCCACGUCUGGUGAAUGUAUUAUCAUCUUUGUAUUCAAAGUUGAUUAAUAGAACAAUAGAUCCGGAUACAGAAGUUCUUAUAACUGCUGGUGCAUAUGAAGCACUUUAUGCAAGCAUUCAUAGUCACAUCGACGAAGGCGAUGAGGUCAUUAUUAUUGAGCCAGCAUUUGAUUCUUAUGAGCCAGUGGUCAAAAUGUGCGGAGGUGUUGUGCGAUAUAUUCCACUUCGCUUGAAAAAUCCCGCCAGUGACAUUAUCACGUCGGCUGAUUACGUUCUUGAUGAUGCCGAACUAGAAGCUGUAUUCAAUGACAAAACAAAAAUAAUCGUUAUUAAUACACCAAAUAAUCCGUGUGGAAAAGUGUUCAGUCGUGAAGAAUUGACGAAAAUUGCAAAUUUGUGCAAAAAAUACAAUGUGAUCUGUGUGAUGGAUGAGGUGUAUGAGUGGAUGGUUUAUGAUGACAAUGAGCAUGUUCGCAUUUGUUCUCUACCCGGGAUGUGGGAACGAACCAUAACAAUUGGAUCAGCAGGAAAGGCGCUCGCAGUCACAGGAUGGAAGACUGGAUGGGCUCUUGGACCACCAAAUUUAAUUUCCCAUUUACAUCUCGUUCAUCAAAACUGUGUCGCCAGUAUACCAACACCACUCCAAGAAGCCAUUGCGACCGUCUUUGAAGUGGAAUUGAAACGAUUGGAUUCGCCGGAAUGUUAUUUCAAUGUCUUACGACUUGAACUACAAGUAAAACGUGAUUUUAUGAUCAAUGUUUUGAAAAAAUCUGGAAUGCAACCGAUCAUUCCACAAGGAGGAUAUUUCAUUAUCGCCGAUUGGUCUGCUUUAGAAGAUAAAGUUGAUUUAAGCCAAGAACCGGACGCACAGAAGGACUAUAAAUUCACCAAGUGGAUGAUAAAGAACAUCGGUUUACAAGCAAUACCGCCAACUGCAUUUUUUAACGCAGCCAAUAAAUCGCUGAUGGAAAAUUGUGUACGAUUUUGUUUCGUUCGAAAAGAAGAAAAUUUACACAAAGCAGCUGACAUACUAAAAAAAUGGACUGGCAAAAUGUGAAAACGAUAAAAAGAAAUGUUUUGUUUUCCUUCAACGAAUAAGAUAAUCAAAAAAUGAAUAAAAUCAAUUAUUUUUGAUUUGGUUUUCGCAAUAAAAAAUCGCCUAACUGUUUAAUCAAGGCCAAU